AUGAAUAUCCUCUCUUUUUUCUCCGCGCUGUUCCUUCUGCUUGCGACUCAGCUCGUAGCUGCUGAAGAUAGCAUGGUCACCUCCACGAGAACCACCACGACCACCAACACCAUCACUGUGACCAUCAUCCGCUCCGUCGCCAGCUCCUCCACCAUCGGGGCCACUACCAUAAUCCCCACGGCUGCUGCAUCUACAACUGCAGACGCCUCUUCGUCUUCUACGCCAAACAUUGCCAUUGCUGCAACACCAACCGCAAUGCCAAUGCUAAUGGCUGGAGGUCUCGCCGUGAUCCUAGGCGCGGCACUCUAA